AUGGAUCUCGCUCUGCUCUUGGCAGCACUCCUGGGACUCCUCAUUGUCAAGGCUCUUUUGUUUCAGCUGAGAAACCCGAGCUCCCCUCCUUGCAUCAGGAGCUGGAUCCCUUGGUUUGGAGCUGCGUUUCAGUUCGGGAAAGCUCCUCUGGAGUUUAUAGAGCGAGCCAGGAACGAGCAUGGACCUGUGUUCACAAUAUUUGCUCUGGGAAAACGGUUCACUUUUGUUACUGAGGAAGAAGGAACUGAAGUAUUUUUUAAAUCUGAAGACUUAAAUUUUGAACAGGCAGUACAGCAAGCUGUCAAGAAUGCAGUCUCUGUUCCUGCAGAAGCAUUUUAUGGGAACCAUGGUAACCUCUACAGCAUGAUGAAGGGGAAGAUGAGUCCCAGUAACCUGCACAUGUUCUCAGGUACUUUGUGUAAGGAGCUCCAUGAGCACAUGGCUCACCUGGGCACGGAGGGCACAGGCAACCUCAAUGACCUGGUAAGGCAUGUCAUGUAUCCAGCAGUGGUGAACACCCUGUUUGGGAAGGGCAUCUGCCCAACCAGUCCGAGUGAAAUCAAGGAGUUUGAAGAGCAUUUUCAGAAGUAUGAUGAGGACUUUGAAUAUGCUUCUCAGAUGCCCGAGUGCUUCCUGAGGAACUGGUCUAAAUCCAAAAAAUGGCUUCUAAAAUUAUUUGAGAAAGUAGUGUUGGAUGCUGAAAGGACCAACCCUUCAGAGACUGCAUCCAAGACACUUCUACAACAUCUCCUGGAUAACUUGCAGGGAAAACAUCUAGCUCCCAACUAUGGUCUCCUGAUGCUCUGGGCUGCCCAAGCAAAUGCUGUGCCUGUUGCAUUUUGGACCCUUGCUUUCAUACUCUCUAAUCCUGCCAUUUACAAGAAAGUCAUGGAAGACCUGGCUUCUGUUUUCGGCAAAGCAGGUAAAGCUAAACUGGAAGUGUCUGAGGAAGACCUGAAGAAGAUCCCUUUUAUUAAAUGGUGCACUUUGGAGGCCAUACGGCUGAGGUCUCCAGGUGCAAUCACCAAGAAAGUCAUAAACCCAAUUAGAAUUAAGAAUUUCACCAUCCCUGCAGGUGACAUGCUGAUGUUGUCACCAUAUUGGUUGCACCGGAAUCCAAAAUAUUUUCCUGACCCAGAAAUGUUCAAACCUGAUCGUUGGAAAGAGGCAAAUUUAGAGAAGAAUGCUUUCUUGGACAGCUUUGUGGCAUUCGGAGGAGGGAAGCAUCAGUGUCCAGGAAGGUGGUUUGCAGUCAUGGAAAUCCAGCUGUUGGUUGUGCUGUUCCUGUACAAGUAUGAAUUUGUGCUGUUGGAUGCAGUGCCAAAGGAGAGCCCUUUACACUUGGUGGGGACACAGCAACCCAUGGCACCAUUACAGGUCCGGUAUAAAUGCCGGGAAUGA